AUACUCUCAUCCCUCUCUCGGCGGAUUCGAGUCCAGAAAACCCCAUCUACAACCAGGGCUUUAUUGCACACACACGCACGCACGAUGCCAAUCGUUGGCGGUCUGGCAGGGCCUGCUGCCCACGAUGCGUAGCCUGUAACUAGCCUUCCGUGACAUGGUUUCCAUGCUUCUAUUCCUUCCACACCGGGUAGGGUAGUAGCAGCAAGUACGUACAGGUCAAUCAGACGGCAGGCCUACGGGGAAGUGACAAGGCGCAUUUGCCGUAAUCGGUGCGGGAUCGUUGACGAUUUAUCAGAUUGAAGUUUGUUUUCCUCUUGGGCCCUGCUCACCGGGUCUGCUUUCCGACGUCGAAGGACAAGACCCAGAAAAUUAUAAAUAUAAGACCAAAACCUCGUUCCAUUUACUACUUCCAGUACGACACCAUAUUUCCAUCCCCUCUCCCCAUCUCCUCGACUCGUCUUCUCCGUAUUCUCAACGUCUCAUCUCCUACUCCCUCUUCCGUCCUCACAGCAUCCACGUGCUUCCGCAGCACAGCUUGUUCAGCCCCUCAACACAACACAACACAACAACACACCACAACACAACACCACACAACGCAACACCACAUAACACAACACAACACGCCGCAAAACACCACAAACACCGCAACGUGGUUUUCGACAACGCAUACAAGAUGGCCCCAACCUGCAGUCCCGGUGCUUCUUCAGAGUCCAAGGCCAGACGUGUUGCCACGCAAGCUUCAAACCACACCUGCCCACGUGUGGACGAAUCGGCUCCCGGCGUUCAGUGCCGCACUUGCAAAGCGGCUGGAAGAGAACAAUGGGUUCUUCCCGGUCGAUGCUGCCCGGUUUGUGGUACACCGGCUAUGUGAAGAAACACAAUUACACGACCUUUGUGUUCAUUGACCUAUCCGUAUUGGCAAACCAUUUCUUCGCAGGCUAUCUGAGGGUAUCUUUUUAAUUCUUCUCGUUGGGAGGCGUUUCAGGAAAAACAUGUUCUGUGGCAAUGAUCAUGAAUUGGACUGGGGCAAGUGGUGAGGGCGGGCGUUCUACGAGAAUAAUCAAUCAUGGGAGUCAGGUAAGGUGCAGAAAAUGAUUUGGGGGAUGUCAUUGGCGCAGGGGUUUUUCAAAAUUUGCUUCAGAUCUCAUCAAGAUCUGGGCGGUGUAUUAUCAAGUAUCAUCUUUCUG